UUGGAUGCACCUGAAUUUGUAACUUUCAGCGAGAACCGUUUCUUCGGAUACGAUGCUGAGACGAAGAAAUACGACGCAGCAGCGCAUCGUGAUCGCAUUUUUGGCAAACAUGUGGCCGACUAUAUGAAAAUGCUCAAAGAAGAGGAUCCGGACGCUUACAAACGUCAAUUCUCUCAGUACAUCGCUGAGGGCAUUGAACCAGACGAUUUGGAAGGAGAGCUCACCCGACGCGAUUCGAAGCAUCAGGAACGCUGCGUCGAGUCGCCGAAGAAAGUAAACUAUGAGAAAAUGCUAUGCAUCUAUAAGAUCAGCUUGGAUGAGAGAAAGAAGCGUAUUCGAGAGAAGAAAAGAGUUGCUUCUUUUUUUGAAAAACAGCAAAUGACCGGCAAUGUCUGUAAUGAACGACAUCUUGUUGAUUUUCGAAGAUAA